AUGGGAAAUACACAGUCAAAACAACAUGAGAAUCGUCUAUCAAGGCCUCUGUCUGAGGCAGCUCUAGCAUCUUCAGCAUCUCUGGUAGCCGCAGAAGCAGUGGGAGCUCCGGAAUCGCCAGGAAAACUGUCGCAGCAUGUAUCCAACAAGUCACAGCAAGAAGGGCAGCCUGCGCCGCAGCCACAGCCUUGCCAAUGCCAGUGGUGUAUUGACUAUGCGGUGCCGGACCCGUACCAAACGCCGUCUACGCCGCUCGAGGAGUUCUUCGAAUUCCGACGGCAAUUCCUCAGUCGUAUGGGCGCAAAGAACAGCGCAUCGCCAGCGUCGCCAGGAGCUUCCCCGGCGGUAGAAGACGACUCUCGCUCGCCCGUAUCAGCCAAGAUGGGCGGCUUUAAACGCCGCUUCUCUCGGUCCAAAACCAACUUCCAGCGUCGCAUGUCGCUCACUUCAAACGGAGAUAAUGCUGUCCCUGCUGCCGUCAGCCCUCUGCAGGCACCAGAUCCAGUGUCGCCAGCGCUCGUUGGCCUGGGACUCGUGAGUGGUGGUGGUGGUGGUGGUGGUUAUCAUGGUGAUAUUGAUGGACCGCUGUCAUCGCCCCAGAAUCCUCCGUCAGGACAGCCUCGUUUAAUCUCAGCCCGCCGACGGUCAUUUAAUAUCCCAACCAGGUUCCCACUCUUCAGCAAGUCGAGGCAGCACGUCUCUCACCAGAGCGAUUCCAUCUUCCACUAUAAGUCCAACACCGAGCCGCUGCGAAGAAGUUGGAGCGACAUUGGUGCUGCUACAGAAACUACUCCUGCUACAUCUUCUGCCUAUCCGAGACCAAGAUCUGCUUCUCCAGCUCGUGCUAUUAGUCCGAGCGAACAAGGCUACACUCACCUAGGGACCUUCAAGUUUGGGUCGCUUCAUGUUGUAAACGGCUGUGCCUCGCCGGCACCAAGCAGCAAGAGACAAAGAUCUUAUCCAGACUUGAGAUCUAUAGACCAGUCGGACUUAAAACCAGAGUCAGAGACAGAGCAAGAGCAAGAGCAAGAUCUAGAACCGCCGCCAGAGAAAGACACCGUCACAGUCAGAGGCGAAGAGCCUGCCAUCAUGUCUGCUGUUGCUACUCCUCCUCCUAUCCCAAAGAGGUCGUCGUCUAGAUUGAACGGACAUCGAUCAGAGGAUACGGUCGAAGGUAAACACCAACUACAGCCAACUGCUCAGUCACCAUCCCCAGGGUCUCGGCCAAAGCUUGCUCCUUUGGUCACAUCCCGAAGACCGAGUGUUUCCUGGUUCGAUGACUGUCCUACAUCGCCGCCGGGUUUCGGUAGCCCUGACUCAGUCCACCUCCGGCCUCUGACUCCGCCACCUGUUCAACCUACGCCUGCGUUGGUGACAACCACGAAACAAACUGAACAUGACGAUAAUCUCUUCGAAGAUGAAGGAAUGGAGAUCCCUGUCUUCUGGGAUGACACCGUCCAGUCCCACGAGAGCUUCCAUGACCCUCAUUUCCACUCAUCCCUGAGCAAAGAGCGACAGGAUGCGAAGAAGCUGGAGUCUAGCAAACGCUCCGGUGCUCUGAACAAGACCGACAGCGGAUAUAGCUCUGCCUCAGGAAAGUCGGCCGCGAGACACCGUUAUGCUUCGUCACGAGGACGGAACUCAAGAGACAGGAAUUGUCGUUUGUUUGACGCAGACUCGAACCAGGCACUCAUCCACUGCGACGGAAGUAUCAAUGAUCCCGUUGAGGGGACAAUUUCAAUCACCUCUCAUGGAGACAGGGAAAUUAUCAAUGCCGUCUUCCCCUGGCCUCCAGCCCAUCUUCGGUACCCGGUUGAAGCAUACACAAGCCAAGCCAUUCGGCCCAAACAGCAACCGCAGGAGGCAUACGAGCUUCAGGCAGAUUCCAUGUCUGAGUAUAACCUGGAUCCAACAUACCCUGUUAGAGCCAAAUAUGAACCCUCCCGUCCACCACCCAUACCACCGCGGUUCCGUGAACCCAAACAGGUAUCCCGCCCGAGGCCUGCGGACAGUCAGCAUACCCAGUGCAAGAUUCCUUCUCCCGUAGGCCUUGCCAUUGAUAUAUCUCCCAAGUGCAUUUCUCCCAGGGAACCCUCUCAUAAGGACCGUGCCCAUAGAAGCUCUACUACUCAACGGUCGUCAAGAAACCCUGCUAAGGGCCAUGCAAAGGGACAUUCCUACAAGAGCCAGUCUGUGAAGGAACAUACCACAAAGACUCAUGCAUCCGCUAGCAAUGUCACUAAGAGUAACGCACCCAAGAGUAAUGCAACCAAAAGGCAUGACAGAAGAUAUCGAGACUCGACUCCCGCCCGGAUGACAGGCGAGAAACCACCCACUGCUUCUCAUGCUCACGCUAGGUCGGCCUCAGAUGCUACUUCCUCCAGGCCGCAAAACAGCAUCAACAUGGACAAACCCCUUCCAGCUCUUCCAUCGCCCAGACGCUCAAGUCGUCUACCCAGAGCCUCAUCAUCAUCUUGUGCUGUGCAAAUGGCUUUGACGCAUCAGAAACCCGGUGCGCUUAACCAUAUUGAAAGCUACCUUUGA